UAUAUAGUAUUGUAAAAAAUAGAAAAAAAAAUCAUAAAAAAUGCAUUGCUUGUGUAGACCAUCACGGAUUAUGUCCGUUCGCAUAAAUUUAUUGGAUGAAACUGAUUUUAUACAUGAAAUAAAGGAUGAUUUACCUGGUCAAGCAUUGCUAGAUGUUGUUUUUGCCAGACUGAAUUUAAUUGAAACCUCUUACUUUGGUAUACGUUAUAUCGAUGAGGAAAAUCAAACGCAUUGGUUGGAUCCAGCCUCACGCAUUUCCCGCCAAUUAAAACCCAAAGCAGAUCCUUAUGAUUUAUAUUUUGGUGUUAAAUUUUAUGCUGCGGAUCCCUGUAAGCUGGUGGAGGAAAUUACAAGAUAUCAAUUGUUUCUACAAGUUAAACAGGAUGUUUUGCAAGGAAGACUGCCGGUAGCCUUUGAACUGGCUGCUGAAUUGGGUGCUUUCGUUGUGCAAUCUGAACUGGGUGAUUAUGACCAAAGACGCCAUUCCAAAGGUUAUGUAUCUGAAUUUCGUUUGCUACCGAAUCAAAGUAGCGAACUUGAAACACGGGUCGCUGAAUUACAUCAGCAAUUAAAAGGAAUGUCACCGGCAGCAGCUGAAUUAAAUUACUUGGACAAAGUGAAAUGGCAUGAUAUGUAUGGUGUGGAUUUACAUCCAGUGCUGGGUGAAGAUAGUGUCGAAUAUUUUCUUGGUCUAACGCCAAGUGGAAUCGUGGUGCUGCGCAACAAGACAACAGUAGCUCAUUAUUAUUGGCCUCGCAUAGCCAAAGUUUAUUAUAAAGGACGUUAUUUUAUGCUAAGGAUAAGUGAUAAAAAUAACGAGUUAAGUACUUAUGGCUUUGAAACACCUCGCAAAUCAGCCUGCAAACAUUUAUGGCGCUGCUGUGUGGAACAUCAUGCAUUUUUUCGUUUAAUGCGUAUUCCACCAACGUUACCAAAUUCUCCCACAAAUACUUCAGAUAUUUUUCAAUUGGGUAGCAGACUGAAAUGCAGCAAAGAGAAAUCAUCAAAAGAUUCUUUAUUUAUUAAUCGUUCACCUCCUGCCUUUGUGCGUGUUCCCUCGAAACGUCAGCCACGACGUGUAAUGGAUGAUUUCUUAAAUGGCUGUAAAAAAUCAGAGCAAUUUGGUGGCAGUUCAGCAUUUUUAAAUGCCAAAAAUGCGAGCAACUAUGAGAGUCCCUAUCGUUCAACGUAUAGUAUACCAACUAGUCUUGGCAUUAAUCCCUAUCAUCAGCAGUCACAACAUACAACAAUGCCGCAUAGUCAAAGUAAUUACAACAAUACCAAUGGUGGUGGCAGUCAUAUACAGACACCUGAUUCCCCCCGAAGUACACGUAGCGCACCAUGGCCGAGGUCACAGCAACGCUCUCUGUUUGGCAAUAAACCGUCCAGUCCACGAUCAGUACGUUCGGCCAGCACAACAGGUGGCGGUGGUGGUGGUAACGGUGUUGAUGGCAGAGGCGGCAGCAGUAAUAAUCAUCAUCACCAUCAUCAUUCUCAGCAUACACACAAUACGCAUUCGCGUUCAUCACAGCGUGAUCACGUAUCGACAUCCAAUGGCACCACGAACAGUCAACAACACCAGCAACGUUACCGAUCUAGUUCGGUGGAGAGUCAUUCCUCAAAUGAUUCACGUUCCACACGCAGGCAUAAACAUCGUCAUCGCCGUACUUCAGAUAAUGAGAGCGAAUUAUCACGUGGUUCGGGACGAUCGGCACGUUCACAUCAUCGCAAACAUCGACGUUCACGUCAUCGACGUGAUUCAGCUGGUUCGGAACAUGAUAGUACACGUGGUCGCAGCUAUUCGGGACAUCGUUCAUCAACGGCACGUAGUGCCAGUGCGGUGGGUUCACAUUCGGAAUUAAUUGAUUCCAGUCUGCAGUGGCGUGAAGCUCAGCGAAGGCAACAAGAAGCAAGUUUGGGUCAGAGUUCAGUGCAGCAAGCAUCUGUUUCAAAGAGCAGCAUGGUGGCACGUAGUUUGCAUAGCAACGAUUCGCACUCUGAUACACAUUCGCAUCACAAAUCAAGAAGGCACAAAAAGAAUAAAUCACCCUCCGAUCGCAAUCGCUUAUGGAAUAGUGAAUUGGCUAAACAUUUACAAUUUGGUUUGGUAGACACGGCUGGCAUGACGGAAGAUCAAUUACGUGAAAUCCCUUAUACCGUCGUGGAAACCAACUCAAAACGUUCCAAUUCGAAUAUACGCAUACACAAGAGCAAUAGCAAAAAUAGUGUUGGCGGCAAAAGUACCGGCUCCGGUAAUACCCUGACCAAUGGUAGUGGUUCUAUCAGUGGUCAUGGUAAAAAUCGUGUCGAUCGCAUUAGAGGCUUAUGUUACCAAAAUUCUAAUCCCAAUGAUAGUAAUGGUGCCAAAAAUGGUUCAAUACGCUCAGCUAGUACAGUUUCGUCGAGGGAAUGUGAUCGUAAUAGUGGUUUGGUGCGCAUGAUGUCCAGUAUGAGUAUGGGUGAUUUUAUAUCUCCUACCGGUUCAAAUCUAAGUCCUAUGGAAAAUUCCACUUUAAGAGUAUCACAUGAGCAUACCGACUCUGGCUUGGGAGCCGAUCAAGAUUAUGCCUAUUCCUCUGAACGAUCCAGUGACAGUACACGGUAUGGCACUAACAAAUCUUCAGGUGCUUCUAGUGGUAGUCAUCGUAAAUCCUCAAUUACCCAUAAUAAUAUUAUGAAUGGGGUAGGUGGCGGCGGCAAUGUAGUUGGAGUGGGAGUUGGUAAUACCUCGGCUUACAAUAGCCUAAUGCAACAGACUGUGAGUAAUCAAAAUAAACAACAACACCAAAUACAUCAUCAUAAUCAUCAGCAACAGCAUCAUCAUCAUCAUAAUAAUCUUCAUCAUCCUCAACAGCAUUCAUUUCAUGGCCAACGACGUCAUGAUAGUAGUACUAGUACUAACUCCUCCUCACAGCCAAAGCAAAAUUAUAAAUACUCUACUAACCUGCUACAGCAACAACAUUCCCAUCUAAACAACAUACACAAUCAACAUCAUUACCAUCACAACAACAACAAUAAUAAUCAGAAUCAUAAUCAUCAUCACCAUCAGCUGCAGCAGCAAACUUUAUCGUCAUCAUCUUCCCAGCCUUCCUCAUGUGCCGCAGCAGUUAACAAUCACACAAUUACGGUAUUGAAUCUCAUUUUAUACUCUCUAAUAUUUUUUAACAACACAAUAAAAUAAUAACACUAA